AUGUCCUCCCCCCUAGCCCGACCAAUUCCUAGCUUCGAUGAGCUGCCUCUCCGAGCCGGCGACCCUCAUCAUUCCGCCUGGGGGCUUUGGAAGAACCCGGCCUUGGGAGCAUUGAAUCAUCUCACGGAUGACAAGGUCUUGAAAGCGGCCAAAGAGGAAAUUCAAACGGGCGAGAGGGUAACAUUGAACCUUCCUCUAGACGCCGUGAAGCCCGCCCUGUUGGGACGCAUUAAUUUCGAGCAAAGGAUGAUUAACAAGGCGCCCCGUGUCAUCAACGACGACAUCAUCACGUUCAACACCCAAACCAGUGCUCAGUGGGAUUCUUUCCGUCACUUCGCGUACCAGGCCGAAGGAAAGUUUUACAACGGGGUCACGCAAGAUGACAUCCAUUCUGGCCCCGAUCGCGGGGUAAACGGGAUUGACGGCUGGGCUGGAAAGGCGAUCGCUGGACGUGGAAUCUUGAUAGAUUAUCACUCAUGGGCCUCUGAGAAAGGCUUCCAAUACGAUUCGAUGAGCACCCACCCGAUUGGCGUAGAAGAGAUUGAGCAGAUACUUGCCGCAAGAAAUAUCGAGGUUCGGCGGGGCGACAUUCUGUUCUUGCGCACCGGCUAUGUCUCUACAUAUCUCAGCUUCGACACUGCGACCAAAGAAUCAUUGCUUGGUGCGAGCCACAAUUGGCCUGGGCUUAAGCAAGGGGUAGAGAUGACUCGCUGGCUGUGGGAGCAACAGUUUGCCGCCAUCGCAGCGGAUAGUCCAGCUCUGGAAUGCAUACCACCCGUGGAUGAGAAAUGGAUGCUUCAUCCCAUCCUGCUGGCCGGAUGGGGAACGCCGAUUGGCGAGCUGUUCGAUCUGGACGCACUGGCAGACUUGUGCAGGCGACGGAACCGCUGGUCCUUCUUCGUGACAAGCGUUCCGCUCAGCUAUCAGGGGGCUGUGGCCUCUCCACCGAAUGCAAUGGUGGUGUUUUAA